CUCGUCAUCACACCCUCAUCCCCGCCCUCCCGGCCAAUUCCCCCUCUCCCUCCCUUUGUCUUCCUCGAUCCAGGGAAUCGGGGGUUCUUGCAAGCAUUGGCUAGUGUGCAGCUGUCCAGGCCCCCUUUCGCCGUCUCCGUCAAGAUGGGCCUUGGGAUUUUAGAGGAUAGCGCUCUGGCUCGUGUGCCUGGCACGUCGGAUAUCCUGCAACGCCUGGAUUCUAGUGAACAAGCCACCAUUGAUCCACAUCUCAAAUAUGACCGCUCGGGAUCGGUGCCCACUGUGCUCGUCCCUCAACCAAGUGAUGACCCCAACGAUCCGCUGAACUGGCCGCUCUGGAAACGCGACCUCACCCUGCUGGUCCUGUCGUUUGUUUCGGUCCUCUGUGCAACUACCAGCUCCCUCAUGGCUGCCAAUACAGUAACCAUUGCUCUCCAUUACGGCAAGAGCUUCACGUCAGUGGCCCUUCUCACCGGCUAUCAUCUUUGCGGGGUCGGUGUUGCCGGCAUACUGAUCGUGCCCACGGCGCGAGUAUGGGGCAAGCGCCAUCUGUUUCUCCUGGGGCAUCUGCUGAUGGUGGCGAGCUGCGCCUGGGCCGGUGGCAGCGAAAACAACUACCAAAGCCUGCUAUGGUCUCGCAUUUUCCAGGGGGUUGCCCUGGCGCCGUUUGAGGCUUUGGUGAACGCAUGCGUUGGUGAUUUGUUUUUUGUCCACGAACGCGGGAAACGGAUGGCACUAUCCAAUGUGGCGCUUUUCGGGGCUGCCUUUCUCACGCCAGUGCUGGCGGGUAAAAUCACGCAUUCGCUGGGAUGGCAGUGGACCUUCUACCUUCUGGCAAUCUUUGCGGCAGCGGCCCUACCCCUGACCUUCUUUCUGGUCCCUGAGACUGCUUUCAGACGCCCCGAUUAUUUGAACACCGACUUCGACUCCUGUCCUGGACAGCGGCCAGAGACCAGUACCAAUGGCCAAGAACGUAACGAUGAUUACACAGUCUGGAAGGAAAGCCAGCCCGAAGGAGAGCAGCGACAAAAACACGCCCGCACCGACAAUCUGGCCUCUUCGAUGGCAUCGUCCUCGAAUGAAGGUCCUAGUCGAGGGGCAGGGGCGCCUACGAAGGCGUCCUACUUUGAGAGUCUGAAGCCAUUCAAUGGAAGGAAAACCGACGAGGGCUUCUUCAAGCUUCUCUUGAGACCACUCCCCCUUUUCUUUCAUCCCGCCAUUCUCUGGGCCUGCUUAAUUCAAGGUGCCAUUAUUGGAUGGACGGUAUUUAUCGGAGUUGUACUGGCGGCGAUCUUCCUCGGCCCUCCAUUAUGGUUUAACGAGGUUCAAACCGGGUACCUGUACACGGGGGCCUUUAUCGGCUCCAUUCUGGGCUUGGUUCUUUCGGGUCUUCUUUCCGAUUCGAUGAGUCGCACCAUGGUCAAACUCAACAAGGGACGGUAUGAGCCCGAGUUCCGUAUUCUCCUCGUGUUGUUCCAAUUGGUUUUCUGCGGCGUCGGGCUUUACGGAUUCGGCAUUGUGGCCGAGGACGUGGGCAGAUAUGGCUGGUUGGUGGUCGAUGUGUUUUUUGCGUUCGUCGUGAUUGGGAUGGUAAUGGGGGCCGUGGCGAGUGCACUAUACAUCGUCGAUGCACAUCGGAACAUUGCCAUCGAGUCGUUCACGUGCAUGUUGAUCUUCAAGAACCUCUUCAGCUUUAUCUUGACCUUUUUCGCCUACGAUUGGCUUGUGUCCAACGGCAUCCGACCGGCGUUUUUGGCCAUAUCUAGCAUCCAGAUGGGCAUCUGCGUUCUGAGCAUUCCCAUGUACAUCUUCGGCAAAAAGAAUCGCUCCUUUUUUACGCGACACGAUAUCUUGAAGAUCCUGCAUCUGUGGUAAGGCCAAGCCGAGACCGGCCGGAAGGGACGGUGUGCCGGGGGGUAAAUUCAGCCUUAAUUUCCCACCGAAUGAAUGACAUUUGCAAUGAUGCGGAUGACCCGUAGGAUCGUGUAGAAACGAGCGAGUCGAGCGUUACAUGAUCGAACGAGGAGGAUCGCCCGGACGAUCUGGACGAUCCACCCGCCGAUUCGCGCGUUGAAAACGGAAGGUGCGACUCCAGUCGCUCCGGCUCGUCGACUCAUCAUUCAUCCUCCAUGACCUCAACAUCCCUUCAUCCCUUCCAUCGGCUCUCCUCGCCUUUCCCUUCCCUUGCUCUCUCCUUCCGCGGCAUCCAGACC